UGCAGAGCGGCCACAGGAUCUGCUUCCUGGGGUUUGCUUUCGUUUCGGCGGGGUCGCCUCCUCCAAGGCUGCUGGAUGCACUUGCCGGCUGAGGAAGAAGGCAGACAGCCUGAGCCGAGGGAGCAAAAAAGCAAGCGGCAAAAGUCAGGCGGAAGACCUCCGGCGGCUCCUCUGAGCAGGACAGGAUGCUGGUCCCAGUUUUCAGCAGAAGAGGUAGCCACCUCCUUCGGAUUACGGGGGGCUUGCAGAGGCUGCCGCUUUCCAGCUUGCCCCGGAGUAGAGGCUGCCGCUCCGGACUGCGAGAGCCCUGCCCUUCGCUAACGAAAGCGACCGGGAUCAAAAAGAGGGGCUAUGACAUCACCAGGAACCCCCAACUCAACAAGGGCAUGGCCUUUUCGCUUGAAGAAAGACUCCAACUUGGAAUCCACGGCCUGCUUCCUCCUUGCUUCUUGAGCCAAGAUGUUCAAGUUCUGCGUGUACUGAAAAGCUACGAGACCAAAUCUAAUGAUCUAGACAAAUACAUCAUCCUUAUGACUUUGCAAGACCGAAAUGAGAAGCUGUUCUACCGAGUUCUCACAUCGGACAUCGAAAGAUUCAUGCCCAUAGUAUAUACUCCCACGGUUGGCUUGGCAUGCCAGCAGUACGGGCUGGCUUUCCGAAGGCCUCGUGGGCUGUUCAUUACCAUUCAUGACAAAGGACAUAUUGCAACCAUGCUGAAUUCAUGGCCUGAGGAAAACAUAAAGGCUAUUGUGGUGACAGAUGGAGAGAGAAUUCUAGGCCUCGGAGAUCUUGGAAGCUACGGCAUGGGAAUCCCAGUAGGAAAACUUGCUCUCUAUACUGCUUGUGGCGGCGUUCACCCCCAACAGUGCCUUCCUGUUCUUCUGGAUGUCGGCACAGACAAUGAGACCCUUCUUAACGAUCCUCUCUACAUUGGUCUGAAGCAUAAGAGGGUUCGUGGGAAACGGUAUGAUGACCUGAUCGACGAGUUUAUGCAGGCGGCUGCUAAUAAGUAUGGGAUGAAUUGCCUCAUUCAGUUCGAAGACUUUGCCAAUGCCAACGCCUUCCGACUUCUCAACAAAUACCGCGACAGAUAUUGCACGUUCAACGAUGACAUUCAGGGAACUGCCUCCGUUGCAGUAGCUGGCAUCUUUGCAGCCUUAAGAAUCACAAAGAACAAGCUUUCUGACCAUAAGUUUGUCUUCCAAGGAGCUGGAGAGGCUGCUAUGGGCAUAGCCCACCUGACUGUGAUGGCCCUGGAGAAGGAAGGGAUUUCAAGGGAAGAAGCUAUCAAAAAAAUCUGGAUGGUGGACUCCAAAGGACUCAUUGUCAAGGGCAGGAGUCACCUGAACCAUGAGAAGGAGAUGUUUGCUCAGGACCAUCCCAACGUGAAGACCCUGGAAGAAGUGGUGCGGGCCGUGAAACCUACCGCCAUUAUUGGUGUGGCCGCCAUCGCAGGUGCUUUCACUGAUCAGAUUUUGAAAGACAUGGGAACGUUCAACGAAAGACCGAUUGUGUUUGCCCUCAGCAACCCCACGAGCAAAGCCGAGUGCACGGCGGAACAGUGCUACCGCUUGACGGAGGGCCGAGGCAUAUUCGCAAGCGGGAGCCCGUUCCCCAAAGUGACCCUGCCCAGCGGACAAACCUUCUUCCCUGGACAAGGAAACAACGCCUACGUGUUCCCCGGAGUUGCUCUGGGAGUCAUUGCCUGUGGGGUCCGGCACAUCUCCGACGUCAUCUUUCUCACCACAGCAGAGGCAAUUGCAGAAGAGGUCACUGAAGAGAAUCUUGCCGAAGGAAGAUUGUAUCCCCCUCUGAGCUCCAUCCGAGAUGUCUCAUUCAAAAUUGCUGUUAAAAUUGUUGACUACGCCUACAAGCACAACUUGGCCUCCUGGUAUCCAGAACCAGAAGACAAAGAAGCCUUCGUUAAAUCCCUCAUCUACAGCCCUGACUAUGACUCAUUCAUUAUAGAUAAUUACAAGUGGCCACAAGAAGCCAUGCAUAUUCAAGAAGUUUAGCUUUUCUUAAUUGGUUCCCCCCCCCGCUUCUGUCUUAAAGAGACUUAGACCCUUAAGAUGCUCAAGUUUCAACCACCUUGGAUAGAAACAUAUUUUCAGACUCAUAGAAUCUACAGCUAUAAGCAGAGGGAUGAGCGAGUACCCGUCGAUCUUUUGUGCAGCUGCCUUUUUGCAUACCUGAACCAGAAAUAGCACAGAGUCAACAGACGCCAUUUCUGUCCCAAGGAAACAAACCAAACUACCUAAGAUGGGAUCCAGAAGGUUCCAUCUUGCAGUCUUCCUUUCUUCUCUAAGCGCUCCCUGCAAGUUUAUGGAAAGUUGUCCUAUGCUAGCAGCUCCGUCCUGAAAGGUUGUGUACUUCAGUGAUGUAACCGUGCUGCCCUCCUCAGGAGUAGCACGGACACUGCAUGUCUUGUCUAGUUUUGUCCAAAGAUACAGAGAAGCCAUUGCUCCAUA